AUGGAGACGGAGGUGGGCGCCGCUCGUGCCGCAGUAGACGCUGCGGAGCGGCAGUGUGUCGGUGCGACUUUCUGCUCCACGAGAUAUUAUCUGCUUAUAGUGAUCGGGGACGUUUCAACGGAGCAUCAGCUGAACAGAGUGAAAGAACAGAUUAAACAGGGGCUUCACUCAUGGGAGGUCGAUCUGACAGUCUGUGAUUUGGCCAAUGAGCUACAGCUUUUCAAAGCCAAGCAUUCAGCUCAGUUCUCUUCAGAGGUGAAAGGACAAAUAACUCUACACCACAAGAGUGAUGUCCUUGACACGGUUGUAUUGGUGAAUCCAUCUGUGGACAAUAUUUCUAUAGAGAUCAGAACUCUACUCUGUGACUCAGCUAAACACAAGCUAUUGGUCCUAAGUGGUCAAAGCACUGAACAAGGUGGUGACAUCAUCCUGAAAGGUGGAGUGUUUGACUGGAAUCAUUUCUCUGAUAUCAUCACAAGUCAAAGAAUUAAGAACUUCCUGAGCCAGACAGGGCCAGGUGAGCGAGCGUGUCUGACGGUGUGUUGUGAAGGAGAGGGGGCCUGGAGCUCCCUAGGGCUCAUCCAGGAGCAGAACCUGCUGGACUACAGAUUUAACCCUGACCCUGUGCUGCGUGAGAUGGAGGGUGUUACAGAGUUUACAGAUUACGUCUCUGAGACUGUGGAUGUUGCUUCCCCAUUUGAGCUCCUUGAGCCACCCAGCUCAGGGGGAUUCUUGAAGUUGUCCAAGCCAUGCUGCUACAUCUUUCCUGGAGGAAGAGGUGAUUCAGCCCUGUUUGCAGUCAAUGGCUUUAACAUUUUAAUUGAUGGUGGUUCAGACCAAAAGUCAUGCUUCUGGAAACUGGUGAGACACUUGGAUCGGAUUGAUUCUGUUCUGCUUACUCACAUCGGAGCUGACAAUCUCCCUGGGAUAAACGGAUUAUUAAGGAGAAAAAUUGCAGAGCAGGAAGAGGAUCAUUCUCAAGGCUCAAAUGCCUAUGGAGAAUGGAUGAAGAAUCUGAUAUCACCUGAGCUUGGUGUGGUUUUCUUCAAUGUUCCAGACAAGCUAAAGGUGUCAGAAUCAACUUUAAAAGUUAAAAGGAGCAUUGAGGAGGCAUCUCUUACACUGCAGUACCUCACCAAACUGGGUAUCAAACCUGAGCCUCUGUAUCGAGUUGUUAGCAACACAAUCGAGCCUGUCACCCUUUUUCACAAAUUGGGUGUUGGCCGAUUAGAUAUGUACAUCCUAAAUCCAGUCAAGGACAGUAAAGAAAUGCAAUUUUUCUUGCAGAAGUGGGCAGGUAACAGUAAGGCUAAGACUGGGAUCACCUUGGCCAAUGGAAAAGAGGGGGAAAUAUCUGUUCCAUACCUUACAUCAGUAACAGCCCUUAUUGUCUGGGUUCCUGCAAGCACUACUGACAGGAUAGUGAGGGUAUUGUUUCCUGGAAAUGCACCACAAAACAAAAUUUUUGAAGGACUGGAAAAGCUAAGGCAUCUUGACUUCUUGCGUUAUCCAGUCGCUACUCAAAAAGACAUAUCAUCUGGUGCACCCCCUUCAGUGAGUAAACAAACAAAACUUAAGCCAAGAACUGAUAGCAAGGAAAGCCUCAAGUCUUCACCCAAAAUACUUGCUACUACUAAAGCAAGCAAGAAAGAGGCGAAUGAGGACAUUGAAUCAAAAAGUGACUCAGUAAAAGAGACUAAAAUAGAAAAGAAGCCAAAUAAACUGCAAGAGAGCGGUAAACCCCCAAAACCAGUAAAAGUCAUUGCAGAUACCACUGAUACAGCAAAGCAAGAGAAAAAGAAGUUGUUAAGAGAGAAAUCUCCAAAAAAACACAUCAAGACAUCUAAAAUGGAAGAAAAGAAGGAUAAAGAAAAGAAGCAGAUAAAGAAAGAAAAGAAAGAAAUAAAAAAGCAGGACUCCGUUAAGAAAGAUGACAAUAAGGAAUCCAAAUUAAAGGAAGAAAAGAAGAGAGAUUCAAGUAAACCAGAGUUAAGGAAGAUUACCAAACCUGACUUAAAACCUUUUACCCCAGAGGUCAAAAAGACCUUGAACAAAGCAAAGGUUCAAACUAAACCGAAGAUAGAAAAAACAAAAGCAAUCAAAGAGCGUGAGAACAGACCUGCUGCACAACAGGUUUCAAAAGAGAUUCAGGAAAACGACAGAUCCCUGGUCUCCUCCCCAGAAGAUCUUACUAAGGAUUUUGAAGCACUGAGACAAGAGGAACUUACUGAGCUUGCAGAGAGCAAAGUUCUUUCAAACCUUGAAUCUACAACAUUUCCUGAUACCAAAGUCACACAUAUAGUGUCUCCAGAUGAAGGAAUCCCCACUACUGACAAUGAGACUGAAUCCCCUCAUGAGGAAAAACAUGUGUGUGGAGAAAAGACAAAUGAAUCCCUAACAAAACCAGCAGACAAAUUUGAGGAUGAAGGUGCUGCUACAGAAGAUGACUAUGAGGAAGACUACAACACUGAAACCAAAACAAUUAAACCUACAGAUCUCACAGGGACGGGAGAUGACACAAAAUGCCUGGACAUAAAGAAGAACGAAGAUAUUGAAAAGAAACAUAAAAAGAGUGACAGUGAGGAGGAAGAGGAUGUUAUUGAAAAAGCUGAGCUGGAGGAAGCAGAGGACAUAGUUCAUGAGGAAGAGUUGAAAUAUAAAACUGAGGAGGCAAAAAAAGAACAUAUUAUCAAAGACUGGACCACCAAACAGACUGACACUAAAACUGUCAAACCUGCUGGUGCCACUGAGCACAUCUCGUUCAUCCAAGACGAAACAAUCCCUGGAUAUUCAGAGACAGAACAGACCAUUUCCGAUGAAGAGAUCCAUGAAGAGACUGAGGAAAAGAUCUCUCAUCUCCACUAUGAUGAUGUCUCUGUCCCUGAUCAACCUGACUCUUUCUUCCAUGGCAUGAAAGACAUGAAACCACCAACCAUAUCUGUUGCCUCUGAUUUCACAGCAAAGACAAGCAGUGUGGGCCAAGAGCCACCUUUAUCUACAUAUACCACAACUAUCAUUGCAGCACCAUUGGCUGAGGAAGAACAUAUAUCUUCAGCCACCUCCAUUACAGAGUAUGAUAAACUGUCCUCCUUUGCAGCAUCAGUUACUGAAGAUCAGUCUAUUGCAUCUGUUACAGCACCUCCAACUGAGGAACUAGGAAAAAAUUCUUUACCCCUGGACAAUGCUAACAGUAUGCAAUCAUCCAGUCGUACAGAAGGAAAAGAAUACCUGCAUUCGGCUGGCACAAUUUCUCCAACAUCAUCUUUAGAAGAAGACAAAUGCUUCAAGUCACCUCCAUCAGAAGAGUACCAACCCACUGUUCCUGAGGUUGAAACUAUUGGAAAACCCACUACUCAACCACAUGAAGAUGAUGAUGAAGAUGAGGAAGAGGAUCAGACACCCAAUGUUGACAUACCUCUUGGAAAGCUCCAUGAGGGUUAUGCAUCUGCCACAGUGCAGGAACAGUUUUCCUCACCUGAAACAGCUUCUGUCUUUAAAGAAAAGGAUGAAAAGGUUCUUUCUCCAGAUGAAACAAAAACAGAUGGUGCCGGGAAAACAAUAUCUUUUGCACCCUAUGUCUCUAGCACACCAGAGGCGAGUGGUGCUUCAGAACCAUCGGAGCGAUGUGUAAGCCCAGAUGAUAGCACCAUGAGAAUGGCCUCACCUACACAGUCAGGCCCUACUAGCAUUGGCUAUUCACCUACUGAGGAAAAGGCACCAAAGUCUUUGUUGAUGGAGAAAGAUGACAAAAUAGACAAAGACGCAUAUGAUGUUCAAAUGUCAACUAAACAUGAAACAGAUAGUGAUGUAAACAAAAAGACUGUUAAAAUAAUGGAUGAGGAAGGUGAACCAUUUAAAGGUGGUAUCUCAAGCACAAGGGCAACAUUUGAUGAUUCAGGUGAAGAAGAAGAUGUUGAAGAGGAAGAACAGGACGUUGUAGAAGAAGAAUAUUUUGGAAAGGAAGACUUUCAGACCUGUGUUAAAACUAAAUACAAGGAAGAGAGGGAGAGUACCUUUCUUGAUGAGGAUGACACAUGUGAGCCCCAAGCUUUAAAAGAGGAAAAGCUCAUUAAAGAUGAGAAAGAGGAACUGGAUAAGAAAGAUAAACCACAAGAUAUGACCUACUUAGACAAAGAACACAAGUCCCAGAUGUUGAGCUCUGAAGAGGAGGAAGAAAGUGAAGAUGAAGAAUGUACUUACUCAAGCAUAAAGGGGCCUCAGGGUAAAUUUGAUUCAGUGUCAGCAGUGUAUAGCAAGACAGAUGUGUCAUUCACUGAGAGAGAUGAUGCCACAUUGGCUUCCAAAAAUGGUGAUAAAAGCGUGCACUUUAACUUGUACUCCUUUCCUCAGUCUGAAAAGGGAGUUAAAGAAGGACAUAUGAGAGAAAUGAGGCAGGAUACACCUUAUGUAGGAAAGAGUUUUACAUAUUCGGAUGUAUAUGAUAGUAAAUCUAGUUCAGUGGAUUCCUACUCUCCUAAUUUACCGAAAGACUGUGUUGAAAAGUCUGACAAUCGUGAUGACGCUGUAAAGGAACCAGAAAAAACAGAUUCCAUGUAUACCUUCAUGGAAACUACAAAGAUGGCAGAUUUUAAAGAAUCUCAACUAACGGAUGCGUCACCAUCAUCAUACAGUGGAACCAAACCAUGUGUGGAAUCCAGUGUUGGACAUAUUUUAGCUACUAAGUCUUCAGACAUAUUCACUGUUGUUAAACCAGAGGCCAAGGAAUCAUCACAUUCAUUCUCACCAGAAAAAGAUGUAUUUUCUGCUCAAUUUGACAAGUCUACUGUUAGUGGAAAAACAGAAGUAGGAGAUACCCUUGUAAGUGAUUAUGAAGAUAAUCUUGCCACUUCUGGCUAUUUAGCAGCAACUUCUUUGGCAGCUCAGUCUUUCAGUGAGGUGGCCAGAGCAAGUGCACUUGACAUGAAGAUGUUAGCACAUGGAGAGGAUGAUGAUGAUGAUGAUGACGACGAGGAAGAUGAUACUGAUGAAGAUGAAGAUGAUGAUGUUUACAGGAGACACGUUGGUAGCAACGAUUUGGAAAAAGAUACUAAAGACGUAUCAGCGAAAGAAAUGAGCCCAUUAUGUGGUGCCACCAGCAUAGUGCCACCUGAAUUCGAAGAUGAAAAGAAGGACACCUCACAUGACUAUGGCUUUGGCCCUGUCAGCUAUGAUAUGCCCCCGGUUUCUACUUCGUUUGAACCGACAAAGAGUCAAAAAGAUGUUGAGGAGCCUUCUGAGCUUGGUAAAAAGGAAGCAUCAUCACCACUCUCUGGACGCCACAUGACAGAAUAUUCUGAAUAUGAAUAUUCUUAUGAUGAGGUUAAAAAAACUGUCCCGUCCAGUCAAUUAGCCAAUAAAGAUGAUAGCUCUGGGCAGUCUUAUUUACCUCUGUCUGCAAAACCAAGUGAAGACAAAUAUUACCAUGAUGACAAAGACCUAGAGUUUGAAAAGCAAAAAACGUCAGAUAUUUUAACAAAGAAACCUGGAGACCCUGUCUCACCAGGCUUCACUUACACAACUACAUCAGCCACAGCAUACUCCUCCUCUUCCUCCUACAGUCACUCCUCCUCUGCCUCUGCCUCUCUCUCCACUAGUCGCCAGUUUGGAGAUGACCUAGAAACCCCUGCCAGUGUUGGAUAUGAGUAUUUACCCUUUAAAGAUGAGCACUCACCUGUAAUAGAUUCACCAUUCUCCACUUCUGGUGGGCUGGUUAAAGAUGAGUAUUUGGAGGUGACAGAGAAGAUGACGUCUGCCACCACUACCAUGACUGAGUCCGGAUCAAGUCUAGCAAGGGUUUCACCACUAUCACCUUUUGAGGAGAUCAAGCCCUUACCUGGUCAUCCACUUACCUCUGCAGUGGACAAAGGAGAACAACUUGCCAGCUUAGCUAGUAGUGCUUUGGACAAGGCCCCCCAGGGUGCAUGCUUUUACAAGCCAGAAUGGGAAGCAGAUACAGGUUUGCAGGCUGAAUAUGGUGCAACUGGACCUUUCAAUCUCCUUUCCGAGUCCGCUAAGAAAGAUGCGAUAAAAAAAGAUCUGUUUGGUUCUUCCUUAACAGCUCAUGCUGAUUUACCUGAGAAACAAUAUUAUGAAGACACUGAGAGUAGUGAAGAGGAGGAAGAUUACACUUGUGAGUCUGAACUCACAGACAAACUGCACUACCAUAGAGCAGGUGAAGCAGACAAGAAAGACGAUCCAUUUUCCAUGACUGAAAAACUGUCUUCUGCUAGUAAGGUAGGCACAUUUCCAGAUGUGCCUACGUGUACUUCUCCAGUAGCACAAACUAUAAAAUCAGAUACGGCAAACGGUCCUGCAGAGGUCACCAUGGCAGCACCAGAGGCCUUUGCUGACACCUGCGAAGUUACAUCCAGCCUAUCAAGAACUGAAUUGAAAAGUGAGCAGUUUGAAGCCUGCAAAAUCAGGAACCCAUUUGAAUGGGAGAUGCAGCAGCAAAGAGGCAUCUACCCAGGAGAAUCACCACCUCAUUAUCGUCAUGAGGAUGAGUAUGAGGAAGAGGAGGAAAAGGAGCCUGAGCAUCCACCUCGUCCUCUCUCCCUGUCAUCUGCAGAUCAAUCUUUCCCAUCCUCUUACUAUAAAGAAGACUCAAGCAAGCAUGCUGACUUAGAUCCUCCUUUUAGUACAUAUACUGGUUCCAGCUCCUUCUCCACUUCCCCAGGUUAUUCCUCUUCUGAGUACAAACAAAGAAAGGGAGACACUUCCCCAUCAUUUAUCAACCCAAGCAUUUGCCAGCUUUCCAGCGACGAGGAAGAUGAGGAACAAAGAAGCCAGGACGCAGAUCAGCAGCAGCCAUCAGGCAAGAACCGAUCCCACAACCAUCCGCAGCAUGGUUCCUACAGAGAGGACAGUGAAUCACAGCACCUCUCUGGAGCCAUGGCUGCAGGGACUGGCCUUGCUGGAGAGGACACACCUCCAACCUCUGUCAGUGAAUCUCUGCCCUCACAAACAGAUGAUGAUGUUCCACCAGGAACAGAUGAGUGUCCUUCCAUCACAGCAGAAGCAAUUGCAGAAUCUGAUGAGGAUGCAGAUUAUUUGCCUGUGGACAAAUCAUCUGAAGCCUAUGGUGGAAAGCACUUCUCAUCCCGGUCAGAGAAAAGUCAUGAUCCACAGCCUUCACCCAUGUUGGAUCCAGCCCCUUAUCCACCUCGUCCUGAUGUCUGCAUGGUAGACCCAGAUGCUCUCUCCAGCCUAACUGACAAGCCUCUAAAGAAAGACCCCAAAACAAAGAGCCUUCGCAAAACAAGUAAGUCAAGGUCACCAGCUAGGAAAGCUGAUGCCAUUCAUAAACGGUCUCCAUCAAAGGAUUCCUCUCCUCGUACCACCUCGUUAAAGAAGAAGGACUUAGAGGAUGAUCUGUCCAAGUCAAGUCACAACACCGGCAAGGGCCUUGUCAAUGGAAUUAAAACUAUUUCAGGAUCAAACACUGCAAAAUCCAGUUCUGCUGCACCCUCUGGCUCUCCAAUCUUUGUUGACUUGGCCUACAUUCCCAACCACUGCAGUGCUAAAAAUGUCGACCAGGAGUUCUUCAAACGUGUGCGCUCUGCUUAUUAUGUAGUGAGUGGGAAUGACUCCAGUAAUGGAGAGCCUAGCCGUGUUCUCUUGGAUGCACUGCUGGAGGGAAAAGCACAAUGGGGUUCUAAUCUACAGGUGACGCUGAUCCCUACCCAUGACACAGAAGUGAUGAGGGAGUGGUACCAACAAACCCAUGAGAAGCAACAGGAGCUGAAUAUCAUGGUGCUGGCCAGCAGCAGCACAGUUGUGAUGCAGGAUGAGUCAUUUCCUGCUUGUAAAAUUGAGUUCUAGGUCUGGCAUGGCUCCCAGGUUCACACUUUUACACUUAAAUGAUCCUUUAUCGCCUUAUUUGCCAUUUCUUUAGUGUAACAAACUUCCUUUGAUAACAUUGUGCAGAAUCACUCAGUAGUCCCUAUUCCUUUAAUAAAAAAUAUUUUUACAGCUCUUAUAACAUUCCCUAAACCUGAGAGCGGUAUUACUCAGAAAGACUUUAGGAGGAUGUGCCUUUAACAUUUGAAUUUUCAGUUUCCUUUCCAUUUUAAUGAUAAAAAUAAAUAUAAUUUGUUUUCUUUUAUUCUUCCAUUUUGACUUUAAGUUGUUAAAGAUGAAGUUACAAUACGGUUAAAGCCAUCCUUUAAUUUAUUUGAGGCACAUGAAUGUCAUUUAGAGGUCAUUUGGAGUUUCAUGUAUUGUUAAUUUAUUCUCGUAUAAUUUAUGCAUGUAUCAUUCUACUCCUGACCUACAUAUAUGGUCUCUGUUCUCUCGCUCAUACACACAAGCAACACAGGAAAUCUUGCAUUAAUCAAGUAAUCAAGUAAUCUACUUUUAGAAGCUAAUUACAUGCUGGCAUCCAUACUUACAGUUUGCAGAAUAUUUAUUAAUAUCCAGAUCAUGUUUCUUCUGUUGCCAUGGUCAGACAGGGUUAUAACUCAUAGCGCCAGAAUGCAAAAUGUAAACUUGCUUAAUGUGUCUGCCUCUGUACCUUUAAUUAGAUCAAACUAUGACAGAAUUCCAUGAUGAGACAAGAUUGAGCUGAAAAUGUUUUUUUGUCUUAAUGUAAAAGUGAAGAUUAAGGAUUAAGCAAAGGAUAAGUCAUUAUUUGCUGAUGAACAUUAAUUGGCGCUUUUUAUUUAUAAUCGCUGUUUUUUUUAAAUUUAUUAGAUAAAUAGACCUGUAAUCGAUAUUUUUUUCCCAAUUGCAGAUUAAUUUCCUGAGAUGUAUCAGCACUUUAUAAUGAUUUAUUUUAGUUAACUUUAUUUAAUGCUUUGUAUAUAUAGAAAAGCUGACAGGUGGGAAAAGACUUGAGUCUAAGCCAAAGCAAUAGUAAAAAAUUGUGAAUGUUAAAUCGUAGGAGCGUUGUGGUCUGUGGUAUGCUGCAGAGGGUGUGUGUGAUAUAAACAUGGAUAAGAUUACAUAUUUGCUGCACAAGUGUGGGUGGAAUUAAUGAGUAUGAACAACUGGCAUCUUUCUCCAGGACCUAAUGCAGGUCCAGGAUUGCAUUUAGUUUGGGAGAUUAAUAAGCACAUUGUUUUGUUGGUCAUUAGAAUAAUGAUUUGUUUUAUAUCUUAAUUACUGGGGCUAGAUAGAUGUGUUAAAAAAUAUUUCCACUACAUUACCCUUCAGUCAAACUAAAUAAUUUUAAAACCUUUAGGCUUAAUAAAGAAAAUAGUAGAUUUCCUAUUUGAGAUAAAAAUUACCAGUGUAAUACAGUAAUAAGAGCCAACAAAAGAAAUACAAACAGUGAUGGAUGAUCAUGUUUUGAUGUUAAAGGUCUGUUUAAUAUUUUAUCAUUUACACAUGAAGGGUCGCCUUCACCCUUGGCUUGCUCAUCAAUGACAAUCUCAUUAUUAUCUAGACACAUUUUUCUCACACAUACACACUUCCAUAAAUUUUCUUUUCAAAUUUUCUUUUUUUUUUUUUCAAGCUGCUUUGAGACAAUGACCAUUGUUAAAAGCGCUAUAUAAAUAAAAUAGAAUAGAAUUGAAUUGAAUAUAAACAUUCACAGUAAAAAUCAUCGAUAAGUAUUUUUUAUUAUGAAUUUGCAUUAAUCAGUGAGCCUGGUUAAUUUAAAAAAGCCAUACAUGCAUUUUUGUUUUUUUUCCUUGAGUAGACAAAUGAUUGUUUUUUUUUCUGGAUAGUACAGUGAAGCGUGACAAGCUGUUUUCUGAAGAUUUAUCUGGAUUAUCACGUUAAUGUUUACAACAAAUUGUAACUUUUUAGCUGCUGGUUAUUUCUAAGUGCUAAGAGGACGCUUCCUCGCUUAGGGAGUGUCAACAUGGACGUAAACUAAGUGGUUUAAUGUAAAAGGACAAUAAAUGUUAAGCAAACACAAUUCUAUCGUGUACCUGACUGCCAGAUCAUGUGACCAAUCACUGAUCAUAUUUUAUAUUUAAGGUUUUUUAAGUGGUGUCCUUUUUUUGCGAGUAAAUGAACAAAACACAAACAAGAACUCAUCAAUGUGCUGUGCAAAUAAAAAAAAACCCUCCUCCUUUAGUUGCACUUUUAAUUAUUCACAUCUUGACAGUAACAGAUCAUUAAAAUCGUGCUUUACAUUCAGCCUGACUAGUUUCUGCAUGUGAUCUUAAAUUUGUUCUAGUUAAUGAUGAUAUUAAAUACAGUACUAUUUUAAAGAUAUACAUAUAUAUACAUAAAUAUAUAUAUUUAAAUGCUAAAUGUCUCAAUGACACAUAUAACUCAGCCGCGUUCUCAUUUAUCUCUGUGCGCUGUUUUGAAGAACAUACUGUGUGCUUUUUUUCUUCCUCCCCAGUAAAUUUAUUUCUCUUCCUCUUUUGGUCUUUUGUUUUAUGUGCAAUAUUCUGUAUCUUUAUUUGAAAUUUCUCUAAAUGUAGAAUACCUACAGAUUUGUUGUAAAAGCGUAAACCUGGUGAUCACCAAAUAAAAUAGUCAUUAAAAUGUU